AUGUACAGCGAAGAAUUGGCUUCGCCACUUGCAUUUGACUCGAGGUCUUCUCAACCAACAACGACAAUUGAAUAUCCGCCACCAGACUAUUCAGAAGUCAAUUCAGCUGCACCAGCGGACAUAUUGGUUGAGCACUCAACCGACCAACCGCAAGAGUUACCACUGCCGUCAAAUUUCGCAGACGGCGUUUCCAUAUCGGAAUUUUCGCAGCCCUACGUCAAAGAGGCUCGAAGUGAUUUGCUUUCAGUCGAUAUACCAAUCGUUCAAGCUAUGCAAAAAGAUAUAAUGGUGGUGCCUCUACACAGCGACGUCCCUAUUGGGCAGAAUGUCGGCACCACAUCUGCUUCGCUUACAACCGUAUUUGGCUCCAGGAAACAAGCUGGAAAUAUCAAGCCAGAUCGUGAGUCUAAUAAUAUCUGUCCGUAUGAUAUUAGAUCGUGGCGCUUCGGAAUACCGAUCGCAAAUGCUGAGACAGGAGCUCCAGAUAUCUGCUGGUGCAAGCAGUGUUUCCAGUCCGGACCCCUUCUCGACAACCGGAUUUGCUUCGGCACUAGCGACGGUUACGUUGAAGUGUGGACUGACAAGCCCAAAGCGUCCAUAUUCUCGUCGUCUCCAUCCUUCUGCUUCUGCAGGACGAUACCCUUUUACGUAGAAACUGUGACGAAAUAUGACUUCUACAAAGCUAAUCCGCAAAAUCUGAGAGAUAACUCACCGAGAAGACAAUACCUUCUCAAUUGUCGGAGCUUCUACAUAUUGAGCACUAAAGAUAGCAGAUUCAGGAAAAUUGACUCAGGAAGCGCGCAGAUAUGUUCAAAAGGUUCCCUCCAAACCCCACCAUCGGGCCACCUGCGCCAGUCGUCCGCGCCAGAGAAUAACGCCCACCUACUGGGAGAAGAUUCCCAAUCCGCCAAGAGAGCCAAUCAUGUUACACUCGGAAUUCCUGAUCCACCUAAGAUCAGUUCUGAUGUUAGCUGUCUGACGCCGGAAUCUAAGCCUGCUCAAUUUAAUGUUUCGAUCAAUCCGAAACCACCAGUUCUGCCGAAGGAAAUGUGUUGGUGCGGGGAUUUCUGCUGGGUGACAAAAGUGAGGAGAGCACGUACAGAUCAGAGCGCCAUCAGACUCGCAUGUCGAUCUGGGACCGAGAUUGGACAUCGCGUCUUCUUCUCUAGCACUGGCGGUGAGAUCGAGGUAUGGACUGACCUACCGAAGCCAAAGAAUGCUUUCACAGGGGUCGAAAAGCCUACCUGCAAAAUGGCGCCACGACACAUAUCCAGAGUCGUCAAGGUCGAUAUGUACACAGACAGGCUAACCCAAUCUGCUCCAAAGAGAGUGCACCUCCUUAACUGCCGGGAGUCCGCGAACUACUCCACUUUGAUUUUCGAGAGGAGUAGUGCUUGGAAUGGCAGUACGACCUUUUUAGUCAAGGAGGAUACGAUGGGGAAAGAUGAUGUUUCAGCCCUUAAAGACUGUGGCCUUCAUGAGGAAGGAGGCCGACUGACAACGAGUUCCAGCAGGAGGGAGGAAAGUCCCAAUUUUCUCAGUUCCGGGCUGCUUCAACCUCCGCAAAUUGGUCACCAACGACGGUCCUCGGCUCCUGAAACACUAGGGAACAAGACCGAGCCACCUACCCAAAGUUCAAGAGCGAAGUAUUAUCGCCUUGCAAAUGGGAAAAUUGUUAUUUUGAGGAUGCCUCCAGGAGACAUCUCAAGUCCCCACAUCUAA